AUGCAGGUGGAUUGCAUUUGGAGGUCUGGGUUGCUGUUUGUCGCUCUGUCUCUUGCCAUUGCCAAGCACAAACCAUCUUCCUCCGCGAAAGGUUGUUACCCAAGGGGAACACUGUCCCAAGCUGUUGACACACUGUACGUCAAGGCAGCAUGGCUCAAAGCAACAAUUCCAGAAGACCACAUAAAAAAUAUACGAUUAUUAAAAAAGAAAACAAAAAAGCUAUUUAUGAAAAACUGCAGAUUCCAAGAACAGCUUCUGUCCUUCUUCAUGGAAGAUGUUUUUGGUCAACUCCAGUUACAAGUCUGCAGGGAAAUACAUUUUGUGGAAGAACUUCAUAGCCUUAGGCAGCAGUUGAGCCGCUGUAUUUCCUGUGCUUCCUCAGCUAGAGAGAUGAAAACGAUUACCAGGAUGAAAAGAACAUUUUAUGGGAUUGGAAACAAAGGAAUCUACAAAGCCAUCAGUGAACUGGAUAUUCUUCUUUCCUGGAUUAAACAAUUCCUGGAAAGCAUUAAGUAA